UGUGGGGAUGCACACACACACAGAGCAGGUCGCCUUCCCGAUCCAAAUGCGCAUACAAGAUGGGUUACUAGCGCGGAGAUGGAAAAGGGGGGGGUGUUGAGCAAGCCCUCAUCGAUCUGUCCGAGAGAGAGAGAGAGAGAGAGAGAGAGAGAGAGAGAGAGAGAGAGGCAGUGCUGGGCUGCAUCUUUAUCCCAGCAGACCCCCCUUCUGUCUGUCUGUCUGUCUGUCUGUCUGCCUGCCUGCCUGCCAGCUGAUUGGACUGGAGGUGAAGCGUUUUUUCUCUCCCCUCGUCAUCCCGGGAAACCUGGACGGACGAACGGACUAACGGAGGUUUUUGGAUUUUGACACCGGCUACUACUUGGUGAUGACAGCGGGUGGAAACUGCGAAUUUAAAGAAACCAAACCAAAACCGAGUGAGAAAGCGGACAGAAGCCAAGACAGUGCACAGUAACGCAGGCGGAAACACAACAACUUCCAGCGGUAGUCCUCGGUGCGGUCUGCGGGGAGCUCUGGAGCUGUUGCCAUCGUGAAGGUGGGUGUAAAACUCCCUCCCCUCUCUCUCAGUCAGAGAUGGAGUUCCCAGAUGACUUCCUGCUGGCUGAGCUGGGUCACCUGCAGCUCUACAACAACUCGUUUUUCCACAACAACUUCAGUGGUUCUUACAACGAGACCGACACCUUACUGCCAACGGGGGUGAAGGUCACCAUCGUGGUCGUCUACAUGAUCGUCUGUGUCAUCGGCCUGGUGGGAAACUUUCUGGUCAUGUAUGUCAUCAUAAGAUACACUAAGAUGAAAACGGCCACUAACAUCUACAUCUUUAACCUGGCUCUGGCUGACUCUUUGUUCCUGGCUACUUUACCUUUCCAGGGUACCGACGUGUUCCUGGGCUUUUGGCCAUUCGGGAAUGCUCUGUGCAAGGCGGUGGUGUCUAUCGACUACUACAACAUGUUCACCAGCACCUUCACCUUGACAGUGAUGAGUAUGGACAGGUAUGUGGCUGUCUGCCACCCUGUCAAAGCACUGGACAUGAGGACUCCUCACAAGGCCAAGGUGGUGAAUAUCUGUGUGUGGGUGUUGGCUUCGGCCUUUGGCGUCCCGGCCAUGGUCCUGGGAAAUGUAGAGGUAGAACAAGAGCAUGACAGCAUUGAGUGCAUCGUGGUGCUACCUGAAUCGAUGAGCCACUGGUAUCCUGUCUUUGGCACCUGCGUCUUCCUCUUCUCCUUCCUCAUCCCUGUGGCUAUCAUCAGCAUCUGCUACAGCCUGAUGGUUAAGCGCCUGCGCAAUGUUCGCAUCCUGUCCGGCUCUAAGGAAAAAGACCGCAACCUGCGGCGCAUCACCAGGAUGGUCCUGGUGGUGGUGGCAGCGUUUGUCGUCUGUUGGACCCCCAUCCAGAUCAUGGUCCUGGCUCAGUCGCUGGGCUUCAACCUGAGCAGCUUGUUCACGCUGGUCCUGAUGCACUUCUGCAUCGCACUGGGCUACGUCAACAGCAGCUUGAAUCCCGUGCUCUACGCCUUCCUGGAUGAGAACUUCAAACGCUGUUUUCGCGAGUUCUGCCACCCAUCGCCAUUCCGCCUCGACACCCAGCAGUCCGGCAGGAUGAGGAGCAUCGCUAGGGAGGUGGCAGCGGCCUACAGCUGCAAGGCCGGAGAUGGCGGGGGGCCUGGGGGAGGGACGCCUAAUCCAGCAUGACUAGGCGUGGAGCUCCCCUUGGUGGGGGUAGACCCCCAACAGAGGAGAGAGACCCAGGGUACAGGGAGCUCCAACACAGAAUUGACUCAGAUUACAGCUCUCUAGCGGCACGAGCCUCCCCGCCCCCCAACUAGAAGACUGGCCUGGGGCGGGGAGGAGGGAGAUGAGGAGGAUGGGGUAGAAAGGAAAAGAAUUUAAGAAUAAGGAUGGGGAUGACAAACAUAGACCCGUAGGGUGGUUAUAUGGGUGGAAGGAAAUUGAUAUGUUGAAAGCUUGGUUGGGAAGGGUGGUGGACAUCUGAGUUGGAGAUGGUAUGGGAGUAGGUCAAACCAUUGUGGAUCUUGGAUCUUGGAAUGACUAUGACCCUAACUCCGCUGAGGCGGUAAGAUAUUUUGAAAUGGAGCUACAGACCUCACUAAGACUUGAUUAAGGAUCCAACUAUCUUGAGGUGGAUGUAAACACAAAAGAGGUGACAGCAUUAUUUGACAUUUAUUGCAGCUCCAAAAACAAUAUCCUUACUAACAGAAACUGGAUCUGCCAACUGAUGGUACCCAGUUGCUGCAACUCUAGAAAGAUGCCUGACUCUGUAGUUGGGUAUGAUAACACAUGGGUUGGGGCUAGACAAUAAAAACAACACAGGAUUAAUAAGGCGCUGCACAUACCAAAUCACUGAAACCACCAUGCACUACUUUGGUGCUUGUAGAAAGAAUAUUUCCAACAUUGGAAGCACGGACCGUGGCUAUCUGGCAGUAAGGACCUAGGACUGAGGACUUGACAACAAAGAGUAAAGCUUUCUGGAAGUGUGAAAUGGAGAAUAAACUCUUUCACUACAUUAUUGUAUCUUUAUCAGUUGAUGUUUCAGAACGUUAUGUCAUGAGUGGUGGGAAGCGGUAGACAUAACGCCUAUUGUCCCACACUGAUCUCAGUAUGGGGUCUUUAGUGUGAUGGUUUAUCUAAAAAUUGGUCUACAUAAUGAUAUUAUGCUGCUGAGCCAUUAUUAGGACUUAAAUGGACACACAAAGUGUAAUUUGAUAUUUGAGACUGUAUAGACAGGAAGUUGGAUGUAAUAUCUACAAACAAUAGUUGGCAUAGAGAAUAGAACAAUGUGCAACAAGCUACUCUUGAACAGUAUUUCUUAAACUGUAUCUAUGGACAGGAAUUCAACACAUGAAUGUUAUUUCCCAUAGGAGCAACAUUUAUCAAUGUGUCCUGAAACAUAAAAAACCUGAGAAAUCCCAUCCUAAAACAAGUUUCUUAGAGUUUUUGUGAUUUUUGAAAACUUUCUAUGAUCACCUGUGGGGUGUUGGAAAUUUUGAGUUUGGGGUGGGGGGGGUAACCUGAAAGAACAGCAAAAAGUCAAGCCUAGUAAGGGUAUUAUCACCGUUAUUCCUUUUCUUCGUCUUGCUGUGUUUUAGGACACAAAAUGAAAGACAGUGCCUGUCUAUGGUGGGUCCACACAUGAAAUGUUAGUUAGCCUGUAUCCAAGGAUGGAACUUUUCAGGAUAAAAUGCAUUGAAAAUCUAAUGUAAGGAACUGCACACUACCCCAAACAUGAUAGCAGAGUCACACAGUCUGCCUUGUGUUCGUUAAAAUGAACCCUUAAAGACAUGCUCCUCAACGUUGCCACAGUUAGUUGAAAGAAAGAAAAAAAAAAAGAAUGCUUGCUAGUAAUGAUGAUGAGUAGGGCUGUGUACGUUUAAAGCCCUGAUUUCUUGAAUCUGCUGCAGAAACAUACCAUGUUCCUCCGUGUGCGAAAUUACUUCCCUGCAGUGAUCCCAUUUUUCUGUAUCAUCACUGUCUUUUGCAAAGCUUAGUCACACUUUUGACUACCUCCGGCCCGCCAUACUGUAAACACUAUACAUGAGCAUUGAUGCAUUCAUAACAGUUGAUGUAGAGUGAAGUUUACUAGCAUAAAUAAACCAAAGUUUGCUUUCAGGAGAGUGGAAUUGUAGGGUUCAUUUGUAAGGAAGGUGUGGUUCUUAUAAAUGUGUGUAUAGUUCUAAUUUCAAAACAUUAUUUUGAUACCCAGCCCUAAUGAUCAGAUAGGUACUCAACUGGUAACUGGCCAACAACUGAAGCUGUUUAUAUGGUACCAUUUCAAUUAUUUUAGGGACAUUAUUAGAUUAGUCAAUGAUACAGGUGUGGAGUGGCAGGUUACUACCCAUUUUACUCAAUCCACUAAAUUUGACCCACUAUGGAAAGGACACAUCUAAUAUAAUGAUGAGAACAUCAGAUAUUUCUGUAAAAAACAAUUAGGUGGGAGGACAAUACCAUCUGAGACAUCCUGCUUAAAUACAUUAAGCAUCCUUUUUGAAAAUGACACAUCUGGGUGUGUUGUUUUUCCCAGGUGUGUAGCUGCUGUCCGAUUUGGGGAAUCAGAGGUGAAACUGAAUGGGGUCGAGGUUGGAUUUGGGAGUGAAAUCUGGUUUGAGAUAUUUUGUGGUUGGGACAUUUACAUUGGACAGGGUUGGGUAGGGGUUUUGUCAGUGAGUCAUUUUGACUCCCAGCACCACAGUGGCAAAGCAGGAGGAAGGGGUCACAGUGCUCUGACCCCACUCCAAGGGACAAAGGGGCUCUCUCUCUUCUUAGUGUCUUAAAGUGAAAAUCAAACCUAAAACAGAAACCACAUAAGGUAUUCUAAUUGUCCUGGACAGUUUUGGAAAUUAUUUGACAGCAUUAGAUACAGUGUUUCAACUUUUGGACAUCUUCUGGGACACUUAGUUGACACUUUAGCUUAUUUAAAAAUAGACAAAUAUCAAAAAUAUGACCCAAUAUGAUGAAAUGAUAACAAUUUCAUGCAAAAUAUAAUAUGAUUUACUUCUGUUCUUAACUGGAAAUGUGUCUCUCACAUUAAAUCUCUCAGUGACAAGUUUUUUCGUAGUUCCAGUUCUAUUUGUAGUAGUUUUUAUAUUAACGAUAUUGUGAUGAACAAAAAUUAUAACAGGUCUUUCUUAAAUGUUUGCAAAAAGCACUAUGUUAGGACAAAUAAAAGACAAAUUAUUUACAGUUUUUUUUUCUGGCACCACUCAUUACAAAUCAGCUUCUCAUGAACAGUCAAUGGAGCUUCUGUCCAGAAACGGUUUCUUUCUCAAUUUCUGAGUCUGACUGUAAGAGAGUGGCCAAUACAGUAAUCUUUUGAAGUUUUUAUUGUGAAGCUUAAUGUUCGCUCUGAGGAAUUACGUAAUUUUACAUUUUUGAAGUUACACAUUUUCACACUUUGGAUAUUCCCACUGCUCUGAUGAGGCAGAAACUGUCCAGGCAUUAAGAAUUAACAUGUGUAUUCUGUUUUAGGGUUGGUGUCCCCUUUAAUUUUGUAUUUGUGUCUCUCCAUAUAAUUUGGAUCAGUUAGAUUGAUUAAGAUGUCUUUACUUUAAAUUCAAAACAUGUUUUUUUUUUCUUUGUAACUUAUUUUUUUCAUUAACAGGAUGAGUUUCAGGAUAGCAAGUUGACACUAUUUGCUGCCACGAAGGUUUGCUAUCCAUUGUAGAGUUUUUAAGUUAUGUCUGUACAAACCAAUUUGUUUUCUGCAGCUACUCUUUGCAGCACAUAUUAAUCUUUUUGUUCAUUUUCUUAAUUUUGUCUUGUCUUUUGUUUGAGAGGAACAAUUCUAUGAACUUACAUUGCCUUAAAUAUCAAGUGUAGUCUGUUACUGAAGCUCGCUCUCUGGCUGGAUCAAAUGUGUUCUAGUUUUUACUGGUGCUUCGCUGUUAGUUUAUACUAGUCCAGACCUGUAUUUAUAAAGCCUCUGAGGACAGGAGUCGUCAGGCCAGAGACCAAUUCAAUUUUGAGUUUGUAUUUCUUAAAAUAGCUGUCUUUAGCCUUAAACUAAGGGUUUAACUACUUUAUCAAUGGCUACCAAUUGAUAAAAUAUCAGAGCUAAAUCUAGUGUAAUUAACUCUGUUGGCAUUUUAGGGAAGUGGACAUUUUUCUUCCUUAAACUUUGUACAAUAAAACUGUGAGCUGUCACCUUGAUUCUUACCUUUGUGGCUUGCAAAAGUAACCCACAUUUGAUAAAAUGUAAAUUGAGAUGAUGGAUAUGGAAAGCCAAAAUGUAAAGAUAAAGCGUGGAUUAUACCAUGGCCACAGAAAAUACUCCUUUCUGAUUGGCUGGCAAGUGUGUCAGCUAAAACUAUACAUGUGGAUAAACCAAACACAAUCCUGGUCAACAGUUUAACCUCAGUUCUAAAUCAGUACACAAAGUAUAUUAAACUGCAUGUAUCCAUGGCAGCAGCUCUUUCGACCACUUACAGUCAACUCUCAUGAAAUAUACCUUACAAUGGGUUAAAGUGACUACAUAGACACUUUAAAUCAGAUGAUGAUUUUAACACAGCUUCUCUUUUCGCCUGUGGUAAUUGGUCAUCGGAUAAACCAGUAACACACUCUGCGGUGUCCUCAGAGUGCAUUAUCGCUUACUUAAUGUACAUUUGGGAGCCCUUUGCUUUUGCAGAAUAAUAUGAUGUGGUUACCUCUUAUAAACUGAGGAUUCCAGCUGCAUCUUCAGUAAGCUGAGCACACCUUUACACCAUGUGAAUUUAAAGUCUACACUGAGAAGAACAGUAAACAAAUGCUCCUCUAGGAAGCAGUUACUAAUAUAGGUCAGGAGGCUGGAAACACUAGCUCUAGCUCUUAAUGACACAGAUAUUGUAUUCUACAAUUAAUUACUUGCUUCUGGAUCUCAUAGUAUUGAUCUAAGUUCAUCAUGUACAGUAGGUCACAUAAGAAAUUAAACUAGACCAUGACUGUAAAUGCAAGCAUUAAUGUUUGAAGAUUAGUCUGUUAUUGCUCUUUUUGUAGUUUCACAAAAGCAGCCAAAUAUUCACUUUACUUUUUUCGGUCCUGGAAGUCACAAUAGACAUUCUUCAUUUCAAGUAGGCUGCAUUUGAUGAUUGACAAUGUUCUCAUUCACCUAAACAUCAGUAUGAACUGUUUGUACAUCUGAUUGGAUCAACACCCCACUCCCUCAUCAAUUUUGGUUCUCAAAUUUCACCUAAAAUAUCCAUCUAAAUCAGCUUCUGAAAAAAUCUAAAAUAGGGCAUAAAAAUGGAGAAAAUCAUUUUCAUUAUUUUAUUUUAAUCCAUAACACCUAGUCCAAGUAGUUUAAACAUAAACUCCCUGAUAACUUGUUUUACACUAUGGCCAUGAACAAAACUUGUUGAGCCACAUAACUAAUUAACUCUCUCUGGUGAAACUAAUCUAACCAUGGGUAAAACUGAUAAACAGUUAAACUGAAAGAAAUUGAUGAUCCUUUUUACUUUAUUUAGGUUACCAUGCCAUAAGCAUGAUUAUACACUCCAAGGUGUUCUGAUAUAGAAAAUAAUGGACUCGGCUUUGCCUUCAAAUUGAGCAUUGUUUUCUUGUAAUGUUUUCUUCUUAUAAUGUCAUAAAUUCUUGAAAAUGUUUAAACACUAGCUCUACAUAAUUAUUAGUGCCGUUAGCUGAGUGCGAUAAGAGCUCUACAUUUCUGCCAUACCUCUGGUAUCCUUGAUGAUCAAGACUGUCUGUUCUGUUCUGAGAUAGUUUUAUGAAUACUGGUCGUCUUUUGUACAACCUAGCAGACUUUGUGUAGGAAAAUUGGCCGGAGCAUCGAGGACACUGGCUUCGACAUGAUUCGCCUUCAUGAAGACGUGCUAUAACGCAGCUGUGAGGCUCUUUGUGCUUAACUGUCACUGUUAAAACUGAAGACGCAACGAUAUUUUGUAUUACUGUUUGGUGUUUUUGUAGCACAAAACUACAUAAAAAGGACUCCAAGAGGGUGAAAUCCUUCUGUUGAACAAUGCAGAGUCUGCAUAAUUAUACUGUCUUUUAGCUCUGUAUAAACAUUUUGUUUGAAUAUUACACUUACGUAAAAGUAUAAACAUAGUUCUGAUCAUUUAACGUCUGACCUCUUUCUCUUGUUAUUCUUGGUGUAUAAAUAAAAACUAUUUCUCGCCAACCGUAAUGGUACGUAUUGUUACCUCCAUGCAUCCGAUCGCAGGGAGAUUCCUUUCAUUCGUUUACAUUUUACAGACCACAUGAAUGUCAAAUGAAAAACCUGUUGAAAAUCCAAAUCUAGGAAGAAAAAAAACAUACAAUGUUGAUGUUGUUGUUAUUACUAUUAUUGCUAUCAAAAGAGAAAAACAGUGUUGCAUUAAUGUUUUUUGCUGUGCGGGAGACUGUCUGGUAUGUAGCUAUGUAAUACUUGUGGACUGCAUUUUGCUCACUGCCUGAGUCAUGAAAUGAAACAGUUCUUACGGCUCAAAAAACCUUGUAUCGCCUUUUUUCAAUCACAAAUCCACUCACGCAACAUGGCCGUGAUCACAAAACUUUAAGUAGUUUCAACACUUCUUAUCUCACUUUGGGGGUCGGUACUAGGUCAGAGCAUCAGCUAAAUGCUAAAAUGUAAUGUAAUUAUACAUGUUUUACAUAUGAACUGAUGCUAUCUAGUCACAAUUAACUAUUACUAGUGGGAUUUGAAUAUUGGUUGUGAUUGCUGGGGUCAGGUGACAGAGCUGUUUGUAUCACAUGACUCUGGCUGUAGCUACAUAAACUUACUUGUGUCUGUCCUGCAGGUGGCAGACUGAAUUACCAUGCUAGCUGGCUUGUUGUCAAUGCAUAGAGACUUUUUGCUGAAGCUUGAAUUUUAAAUUGUAUAUUUUUCUCUGCAUAUGAAAUGAAAAAAUUAAUAAACAUGUAUGACUUAU